UAGCCUCGUUUUUCUUCACCUUUAUCUUUAAGCGGUGUGUUUUAGGAAAAAAACAUACAAUUAUGCAGCCACGGAGAUAUGAGUUUGGCAGGGCGGAUGAAGCUACACACCCUGAUUCUAUGCGUGCCACCUUGUCUGAGUUCCUCUCUACCUUCAUUUUCGUCUUUGCUGGAGAAGGAUCUGUUCUUGCCCUUGAUAAGUUGUACCCUGAUAGAGGUUUAGGAGCGUCCAGAUUGACGGCGAUCGCACUGGCGCAUGCAUUUUCGCUCUUUGCUGCGGUAGCAUCCAGUAUGAACGUCUCUGGCGGUCAUAUUAACCCGGCUGUCACCUUUGGUGCUCUCGUGGGUGGCCGAGUUAGCGUCCUUCGUGCUAUCUACUAUUGGAUUGGUCAGUUGCUAGGUGCUGUUGUAGCCUCUGCCUUGUUGAGGCUUGCUACUGAUGGCUUGAGGCCAGUGGGAUUUGCGGUAGCACCAGGAGUUGGCAAUGGGAAUGCACUUGUGAUGGAAAUAGUGAUGACAUUUGGGUUGGUCUACACUGUUUAUGCAACAGCCAUUGAUCCAAAGAGGGGUAGUUUGGGGAUUAUAGCACCUCUUGCCAUUGCUUUCAUUGUUGGAGCUAAUGUCCUUGUUGGUGGGCCUUUUGAAGGAGCAUCCAUGAACCCAGCAAGGGCUUUUGGGCCUGCUUUAGUGGGCUGGAGGUGGAGGAACCAUUGGAUCUAUUGGUUAGGCCCAUUUAUUGGUGCAGCCAUAGCUGGAAUUAUUUAUGAGUUUGGACUCAUACAGGCUCAUGAUGAAGCUCCAGUUCAUACUCAUCAUCAGCCUUUGGCUCCAGAAGAUUACUAAAUAUGUUAAAAAAGCACAUUUGUGUGCUAUAUUAUGAGUACUUGUUUUGUUUGUGAAGUUUGUAUGUUUGGGUCUUUUUGUUUGCUUUCUUAAGAGUCAUUGGCCCCUUCUUUGAUGUAUUUGCGACUUGUUUAAUUUAAGUUGGUUACAUGUGUAAGCUUUUAAAUAACAAAAACAAGGCUAUGUUGGCUCUGUAUCAGUCGAUUUGG